CAUGGCAGGAACUAAUUACAGAUUUUAAACGUACACAAAACUUAACACAAAUUUCGAAAUCGAAAACCCUUGCUCGUUUCGAAUAGAAAAUAAUCCCAAAACAAAACUAAAACUUUUUAUUUCGCCGGCUUGGCAUAACGGGUGGUAUAGCGGGAGCGAUAGUGACUGGUAUUGCGGGGCGACGAAAAAGCUCCUGCACAAUAUUAAGGCCUAUUGGCUGAAUAAACAGUGACAUAACUUUUCUUCUUUUACAACGAUGAGGAAUUCCGUCUUUUGCCUUCUGCUGUAAAUGACCUAAUUAAAGACGGCUACUCUAAAACCCCCAAUCCGGUUUGGACCCUCGCUGUUCACACGACCCCCUGUAUUUUCCCUCUUAAAUUACUCUCUUCACCGCCUCAGAGGUCACAGAUUUUUCAACAUGUUGGACAUAAAUUUGUUUCGAGAAGACAAGGGACACAAUCCCGAGCUCGUGCGGGAGUCACAGAGGCGGCGUUUCGCCAAAGUGGAGGUCGUCGAUGAAGUCAUUGCGCUUGAUAAAGCAUGGCGUGAACGGCAAUUUGAGUUGGAUACUCUACGGAAAGAAUUCAAUAAGAUAAAUAAGGAGGUUGCUAAGUUGAAAAUUGCCAAGCAGGAUGCAUCUGAAGUCAUAAAACAAACAGAAGAGAACAAAAAGUUAUCAGCCAAGAAGGAAAUAGAGGUCCAAGAAGCAAAAGCUGCCCUAGAUUCUCUUUUGGGAGUCAUUGGGAACCUUGUACAUGACUCUGUACCUAUCAGUGAUGAUGAGGCAAACAAUGCUGUCAUCCGUACUUGGGGAGAAUGUAGGGAGGAUCCUGAAUUGAAAAAUCAUGUUGAGCUUGUUCAGCUUCUUGGAAUUGCAGACUUAAAGAAAGGUGCUGAUAUAGCAGGAGGGAGAGGAUACUAUUUAAAAGGUGACGGUGUACUUCUUAAUCAAGCAUUGAUAAAUUUUGGCCUUGCAUUUUUGAGGAAGCGUGGAUAUUCACCAUUACAGACACCUUUCUUUAUGAGGAAGGAAAUUAUGGCAGAAUGUGCUCAGCUAGCGCAAUUUGAUGAAGAGCUGUACAAGGUAAUUGGUGAAGGUGAUGAUAAGUAUCUCAUUGCAACAUCUGAGCAGCCAUUGUGUUCUUAUCAUCGGGGUGAUUGGCUUCACCCUACAACAUUACCCAUAAGGUAUGCAGGAUAUUCUUCCUGUUUUAGGAAAGAAGCAGGUUCUCAUGGAAAAGAUACACUGGGAAUUUUUAGAGUGCACCAGUUUGAAAAAGUAGAACAAUUUUGCAUAACUAGCCCAAAUGGAAAUGACUCUUGGGACAUGCAUGAGGAGAUGCUUAAAAAUUCUGAAGACUUCUAUAAGGAGUUAAAUAUUCCAUAUCGGAUUGUGUCAAUUGUUUCGGGCGCUUUAAAUGAUGCUGCUGCCAAAAAGUAUGAUUUGGAAGCAUGGUUUCCUGCAUCAAAGACACACAGAGAGCUUGUAUCUUGUUCCAAUUGUACUGAUUACCAGUCCAGGAAACUAGAAAUUCGUUAUGGACAAAAGAAGAGCAACGAGCAAACCAAACAAUAUGUUCAUCUAUUGAAUUCAACCCUCACUGCAACAGAAAGGACUAUAUGUUGCAUCUUAGAGAAUUGUCAGAAGCAAGAUGGUGUAGAAAUUCCAGAAGCUCUAAGACCUUUUAUGCUAGGCAUUGAUUUCUUGCCUUUCAAAUAAGGUUCUGACAAAGAGAAUUGUUUAGAUCCGAGAAGCUGACCAUCUGGACUGAUCUGGUUCGUGGAGAGGAUGUAGGUAUUUAUCAAUGUUUUUGUGAUGAUUAAUUUUGCUAUUCAUAGAGAUUUGGUUCGCAAGACGGCAAGUUCUUUAUUAGUUCUCUGAUGAUAUAUCAUCAAUUACCAUUUCUGGCAUAACUGAUUUGGUUAUUUACAUGUCUCACUUCUUGAUCGUAUUUUCUAUAAUAAUCUGCAAUUGAUCAUUUUAUAA